CGAUUCAAAGUAUUACCAUACACGAGUUCUCACCAAAAAAUGAAGAAAAUUCACAACGUGACUUCAGUCCCCUUCAUGCGUGGAUUCGAUUUCUGGAAUGCAUCAUUCAUAUAUCUCGCAGAAUGAGAAAUGAAAAAUGGUAGUAAGAAUUCAAAUGACGACAACGCAUUUCAAGAAACACAAAUAUUAGCAAACACAACAGGUGUAAAUAUCAAUCUACCUCAGAAUUUACGAACGAUUAUAAUAACAAUAUUUUGCCAAUUUUCUAUAGAUUUAAAGAAAUUUAAAUUACAUUAUUUUCACAAUGCAAAAUUAUUUAAAAAGACAUCCUCAUGGUAUCCAAUGCCACAAACAAUAUACAAAAUUUUAAUACAUAGCAGGCAGAUUUUCAACAAUGCAUUUUACUCUCAAGGCUACUUAGCAGAAAACGCAGCGGAAUCUAAAAACAAAUUUUACAAAUAUGAUAGACAAUUUCACGCUUGCAAAAAUAGUUGUAAGAACAAUUUACGGCAUACAUACAUUUAAUAGAGCUACGGAAACAUCAGAUCCAUAUAUCUCAUGCAUU